CUGUAUGUUCCACUGCAUUACUGCUUUCCUUCAAGUGGAUACCUCUUCUAACGUACAAGACUUAGAUACCCAUUGUCCUCCUGGUCAGUUUCCUUGCAACAACAGUGACACAUGUGUGGAGCAGCGAAAGAACUGUGAUGGUCAUAAAGAUUGUGAUGACGGCUCUGACGAGAUGGGAUGUGAGGAUUUCAUGAAAAUUAAUUACUAUAACAAUCUGUUUCGAAAACGACCAGACGAAGACCGAGAAAAAAAAGUUCAAGGUUGUGAACUAGAUUCUAUACCCUUUGGAUGCCGAUGUUCCGAGUUCAAGCUAUUUUGCGAUCAUCAAAGCCUCUCUAAACCUCCUCAUGAUUUACCAAAAAAUGUUCAAGAAGUGGAUUUGUCGGAAAACCAUUUACAAAUUUUAGAUACAAAAUCAUUCCAGCGAAAUGAAAAUAUUCAAGUUUUAAUCUUGAAAGGCUCAAAGGUUACGCUUAUAAACAAGGAUGCAUUCAAAAAUUUGCCCUCUCUAAAAAACUUAUACCUUACAAACAACGAAAUCAAUGGUAUCAGUGAAGGAACUAUGGAAUCAAAUUCGCAGCUUAAUUUCUUGGAUUUGUCUUAUAAUCCUAUCACAGUGUUAUCAGAGGGAGCUUUUAAAGGAUUACAGAAUUUGGAAACAUUGGAUCUCCGGCACUGUUUCUUAAAGGAUCUCCCAUCCGGUGUAUUUGAUAGUCUAGUCAAUUUAAAAAUAUUGUUUUUGGAUCACAAUCAGCUCACAGGUAUUACAAAAUCAGUGUUUCAGAAACUUUCAAAUUUAGAAAUGUUAUAUCUGUCUUGGAACCAGUUAACAUAUGUGCAUAUGAGCUACUGGGUUGGUCUAAAAAGCUUAAAAACUUUGGCAAUCUCUGAAAACAAAAUAUCUGCUCUUCAUUCAACGUCUUUUGGAAACAUGAGCACACUUUAUAAGUUAGACGUACAAGGAAAUCACAUCAAGCACAUAGAUCCGGACACUUUCAAUGGGUUGAUCAGUUUAGAAUCAAUAGACUUUAAAAGAAAUGAAUUGAAAAGAAUCACAAGGACGGUAUUUGAACCAUUGACUUCUUUAGAUUACAUAUAUUUUGAUGAUUUUCAUUUAUGUUCCUUGGCUUUACACGUGCGCGUGUGUGAGCCUAGAGGAGACGGCAUCAGUAGUAUUGCUCAUUUGCUGGACAGUGUAGUGCUUCGCGUCAGCGUGUGGCUAGUGGCAUUUGUAGCAGGACUUGGGAACGUAGCUGUCUUAGUUGGAAGAUUCCUCUUCGCAGAACCAAAUGAAGUACACUCUUUCUACAUCAAGAAUCUCUCAUUGGCCGAUCUUCUUAUGUCAGUUUACUUAUUUGUCAUAGCUGCUUAUGAUGUUAUUUUUAGAGGAGAAUACAUUCAUCAUGAAACUAAUUGGCGUCAUAGCUGGCAGUGUAACGUGGCCGGUUUCAUUUCAACCACGAGUAGUGAAGCUUCCAUUUUCAUAUUAGCUGUCAUCACUACAGACAGGUUAGUAUGUUUAACUUUAUGUGAUUUAAAUUUGCUUUAUUUAUUCCGUUGCUUUGUCUUGGUUGCUGUUACUGCAGAAAACCCAGCUUCGCACAGAUGGGUUGUCGGAAAUGGCAAUAGGGAUUUAACGUGCUGUGGUGGCAAUCUCGGUGUAUUCUGCCAUGUCUUUAAUCCAGAACACCGACAGAAAUUUUUCUCUAACAUAAAAAAAACUCAUUAUAUCAUAUAUUUUUAUUAUAUUUUUGUAUAUUCUUUUCAGGCAUGGGAGUAUUCAACUUUCAUAUUUUGCGGUCUAAAUUUCGCAGCUUUUCUCUUCAUUUUGUUCGCCUACAUUUCCAUGUUUUUCACCAUUUCACAUUCUAAGAUAGGUCUAAGAUGCACACAACAACAGCAGGAUCAGAAUAUCGCCAAGAGGUUCUUCUUCAUAGUUGCCACCGAUUUCUUGUGCUGGGUACCCAUCGUUUUCAUUAAAGUCAUAGCCAUGGGAGGAGUUCCUAUUCAGGAAGAUCUAUAUGCUUGGGUUGCUGUUUUCUUACUACCAGUCAAUUCUGCUAUCAAUCCCAUUUUGUACACACUGACCACGAAACUUUUCAAGCAACACUUGGCCAAGAUGGUGUAUAAUUUUAAGACGUCUACAGCAGGAGCUGGCGACAGUGUCACUCCAUCAUGCGCCAGGCAUCACAGUUUAAGGAGUCAAAAAGGAUCUUUCUCACUGGCUGAUCAGAACAAUAUUGCACUGGUGAUGAGCAGAAAUUGUUUCCAGUGCCGUCAUCCGAAUAUUCACAGACAGAAGAGCACUACAGACGCCAGCUGCAGGCGGCAUUCCAUGUGUGCAUGCAUAGCCAGUGGAGUUCUGUAUAAUUUGUUGAAAAUCAAGACAGAUAUUUCAAACAGUAUGCAGUUUUUUAAGUAGAUAUAUUGUUUUUAGUAAAAUAAAACAACAAGUCAUUGUUAA